AGUUCGAUAAACAGUUGCAAGCAGUUAUCGUUUUCCAGCACGAAGCCAAAAAUCGUUCGUGCGAGUGAGUGCGUGCGUGUGAAAAACUGACAAAAUAAAUGUAAAAGAGAGGAAACUAAUUGUGCACAAUUUUUUGCGCGCGCAAAGCGUUGCUGUUACUUAUUACUUUUGUCAGUGUCUUCAGCAAUUGUGUAAUUUGCUUAAAAGCAUUUGCCAUAAGGAGUCACAAUUCCCGUUGACAUUUUGUGCCAGCUUCGAAACUAUUAAUUGUUUUUCUUGCUCGCACCAAAAAGGAAACCAAGCUCAACAACAAGCACAGGUUGUGGCCAAUAAUCUACUGAACGCCAUGUCCGCAGCCACAUCAUCUUGUGAUUGUCUAGUGGGCGUGCCCACAGGUCCCACACUCGCCUCCACAUGCGGUGGCAGCGCCUUCAUGCUGUUUAUGGGUCUACUGGAGGUUUUCAUACGCUCCCAAUGCGAUUUGGAGGAUCCGUGCGGACGGGCCAGCUCGAGGUUUCGCUCGGAGCCGGAUUACGAAUACGAUUUCAUUGUGAUUGGCGGUGGCUCAGCGGGCUCAGUGGUUGCCUCGCGCCUCUCCGAGGUGCCACAAUGGAAAGUGCUGCUCAUCGAAGCCGGCGGCGAUGAGCCAGUGGGCGCUCAAAUACCCUCCAUGUUCCUGAACUUCGUCAACAGCGACAUCGAUUGGCGCUACAACACAGAGCCCGAGCCGAUGGCCUGCCUGUCCUCGAUGGAGCAGCGCUGCUUCUGGCCACGUGGCAAGGUCCUGGGCGGCACUUCGGUAAUAAAUGGCAUGAUGUAUAUACGCGGCAAUCGGGAGGACUACGACGAGUGGGCUGCAUUGGGAAAUCCUGGCUGGGCCUACAAAGAUGUGCUGCCAUUCUUUAUGAAGUCAGAGGACAAUCAAGAGCUGGAUGUCGUGGGCAGCGAGUAUCAUGCCAAGGGCGGUCUGAUGCCUGUGGGCAAGUUCCCCUACAAUCCACCACUCUCCUAUGCGAUUCUCAAGGGUGGCGAAGAGAUGGGCUUUUCAGUUCAGGAUCUCAAUGGUCAGAACUCAACGGGCUUUAUGAUCGCCCAGAUGACGGCCCGCAAUGGCAUUCGCUAUAGCUCGGCUCGCUCCUUCUUGAGACCCGCACGCAUGCGCAGCAAUCUACACAUUCUGCUGAACACGACAGUGACGAAGAUUCUGAUUCAUCCUCACACGAAGAACGUAUUGGGGGUGGAGGUAAGCGAUCAGUUUGGCAGCAUGCGCAAGAUUAUGGUCAAGAAGGAGGUGGUGCUGAGUGCUGGCGCCGUUAACUCCCCACAAAUACUGUUGCUCAGUGGUGUGGGGCCCAAGGAGGAUCUGUUGAAGGUCAAUGUACGGCCGGUCCAUAAUUUGCCCGGCGUGGGAAAGAAUCUGCACAAUCAUGUGGCCUAUUUCACGAACUUCUUUAUCGACGAUGCGGACACGGCACCCCUUAAUUGGGCCACAGCCAUGGAGUAUUUGCUUUUCCGUGACGGCUUGAUGUCCGGCACCGGCAUUUCCGAUGUGACGGCCAAAUUUGCCACUCGCUGGGCCGAGCGACCUGAUAUCCCCGACCUGCAGCUCUACUUUGGCGGCUAUUUGGCCAGCUGCGCCCGUACCGGCCAAGUGGGCGAGCUGCUAUCCAACAGCUCCCGCGCCAUUCAAAUCUUCCCCGCCGUACUGAAUCCCAAGUCAAGAGGUUAUAUUACACUGCGCUCUGCAGAUCCCCUGGAUCCGCCACGCAUCUUCGCCAACUAUCUGACCGAUGAGCGCGAUGUGAAGACCCUGGUGGAGGGCAUUAAGUUUGCCAUACGACUCUCGCAGACCUCUCCGCUCAAGCAGUACGGCAUGCGGCUGGACAAGACGGUCGUCUCGGGCUGUGAGUCGCACGCCUUUGCCAGCGAUGCCUAUUGGGAGUGUGCGGUGCGUCAGAAUACCGGUCCGGAGAACCAUCAGGCAGGCUCCUGUAAAAUGGGUCCCCUACACGAUCCCAUGGCCGUCGUGAAUCACGAGCUGCGUGUCCACGGCGUGCGUGGCUUGCGUGUCAUGGACACCAGCAUCAUGCCGAAGGUAACGGCGGGCAACACGCACGCCCCCGCCGUCAUGAUCGCCGAGAAGGGCGCGUAUCUCCUUAAACGGGCCUGGGGCGCCAAGGUCUGACGUGUGGAUGCAACGUGGACGCUGCAUAGAGUAAUUUAACAAAAACAAACAGCAAUAUUACGAAAAUUGUAUGCAAAAUUAAGCGAAAUUAUUUUUAAGCCAUUUCCACUGUUAUCUAUUGGUUACACUAACUAAGGCCCCCCAAAACCACCCUUUCGACCCACUUACAACGCACUCUAAGCACACCGCGUUGCGCGAUCUUCUCUCAACUUUUUACUAUAAUUAAACAAUCUUGAUAAGUUAAUUGUACGCUUAUUAAAAGAAUUUCACCACUUCUGCCUUUUACGCGAACAUAGGAAAUUGUGAAUUUAAUCGAAUCCAGAAAAUUAAAUGAUAAGUAUAAUAGAAAUUAGUAAUUAGAUGUUAAAAAAUAUUGAAUAUGCAAUUUCUUAAAUAAAAAUACCAUUAAAAUUGA